UACCUCGCCACAUUUCUCCUUGAUGACUUGGGCUUCAGAAUUUUCAGAAACAUUGUCAAAUCUCUGGACAUCAAGAAGAUGCACACAUUCCUGAAUUUCUUCUUCACAAACAUCACCACAUGGAUACAACAAGAGUGGAAUCAUAUCUAUGAUGCAGUCUAUGUGGAGAAACACUGGGUUGGCCCUCUGCUGAGGUGGCGUCCUGAGAUCGAUAUUCUCAUGGACCAGCUUGCUAUCAAAAUAUCUCAUGGGACUCAGCCAAGAAAGCUUCCGAUCAAAACCACCAAGCCCCAGGAGUUCCCUCUCACCAAACCUAAACCUCGACCUCUGCCUAUGCCUGAGCUCAUCCCACAGCAGGAGAAAUGCAAACCAGUACCAAACAGCACAUACAGGGCUCCGAAGGAGAUGCAGAUAAUAGAGGAGAUAAAACAAAAGAACCAUCAAAAGACUGAGGAACUGCUGUAUGAGGCAAAUAUGAAACAGUUCAGAUGUGUAAAUCCACAGAAGUCUGAACACACCAAGCGAGUGAUGUCCCAGAUUAAGGAAGAUGCUGAUUCAAAGCUCAAAUUCAAUUCAUUUCAUUCCUCUGGACCUCCUUCCAGUAAUAAGAAAAAAUGCUGGCCCAUCAAGCUCAACAGUGCAGCUAUCCUGCGGCAGGGGGCACUAUAUGACCGUCAGGUGGAUGAGGAGCUGCAGAGAAUGGAGCGUUUGAUGGAAGGGGCCCGUGAGCCCUCCUCUUUCCUACAAUGGCAGAAGGAGAUGCGUGAGAAGGACCUUCAGGAGGAGUUGGCCAAGAUCGAGCGCAGGCGCCUGGAGGGACGCAUCAGUUACGAGGAGGCAGCCAUGGCCCGCACACGCAUAAUGGAACGCAACCAGAAGACCGCUCAGCUGAAGAAGGAAGAGACAGCUCAGCUGAUGAGGAGAUAUGCUGAGAAAAGGCUGCAGGAGGAAAAAGAGAUGAGAGAUUUGGUGCAACAAGUGGCAGAAGGACACAAAAACUCAAAAACAGCCAAAGAGAAGUUACAGAAAUUCAAGCAAAGUAUAGCGAAAGAAGUCUCAGAGCAAAGUCGAGAGCUCCUCCAUCAAGCACUGGAGGAAGCGCAGGCAGAGCUAAGCAGGAAAUUUGAAAUCAUCUGUGAAAUCCGCGCCAUCGAGUCUCUUCCUCAUGUUAGAGCGAGGAAUUUUGACGACACAGAGACCGCAGGCCACGAGCUGCUGGGAGAGAUGUCCCUGGCAGAGCUGAAGGAGCGGCUGGCCCUCCUGAAGGAGGCCCAGCAAACAGAGCAGCAGGAGAAACGGGAGCACAUCCUGGAGGUGAGGCAGAACAAGAAGCAACUGCUGCUGGAGCAGAUGGACACCAUCGACCUCCACAGGAGAGCACUGGCACAGGCUGCUGUCGUCAGGAGAGAGGAGAGAAAAGCCAGGCCGGAUUGUCGGCAGACGGUGACACAAGAUGAGACACUUCUGGCUCUGCAGAGGAAGCUUGAGGAGAAACAGCGAGAGCGCCAAAGACUGAGGCAAACUGAGAGCAUCAAGGCCAAAACCUCUGAACAAGUAGCAGUUCACACUGUUAGAAACACAGAGACACACAACAAAAAAAGCUGGGAGCAGCUGGAGCUGAGCUUAGAGCAUCAUAUCCAGAAGGAAGCUCCUUAUGUUGUUUCUCAGAGGGAAACACUCAAGACAUAA